AUGGCUUCCUCGGCACCUCAGGAAGUACUGUCUCUCAUCGUACACCACCUGGCGCAAUUGGACAAAAAUCUGUCGCGUUACACGCUGGUCAACAAGUCUUGGCAGGCCGCUUUCGAGAAACAGAUCUAUACAUCAAUCGUCGUGCGUAGUCCAUCUGAUGUGACGACUAUCACAGUCAGUGACGAAGAACGACACGAUAAACAUGGAAUCCCAUUGGACAUCUUGAUCAACAUUACCAGCGGACCACAGGAUUGGCAGCGAACUCGGCGUACAUAUGUGCGUCACAUUCUCUACAGAGUUGCAGUCCCGUACUGGUUGAGCGAAGCCCGCGAAAAAGAUGACGACUACACGUAUGAUAAUGUAUGCCGGCGCGGGAAUAAUCAAGCGUUCUCGAAAGGCGUCUGCCAAUUGUUCGAGCAUCUAUCGACUUGGACCAAUCAGGAAAUUUCCUUCCAGAUAGCCUUGCAAGCAGAAGAUGCUUCCACCGACGAGGAAAGCGGUGAGCCAGAGUCGAUACCAACGACCGGCACGGAAGACUCGAUUGCUCCGUAUCGUGCAGAGUUCCUGCCCAGACUUUCUUUGCUGCGUGCGUCAUGCAUCACAUCAUUGGAGUUCCCUGAGCUCGUGACUCCUGCAAUGAUGCAUUGGGAAGACGACAGCGCACCUCAACUACCGUGUUUCGAGAACAAGAUUUCUCUACCUGCUUGCUUGGCUAUCGCGUCAGCAUGUGGCGCUCUGAAAGAUAUUCGAUUAAGUGGCGGAGACGAUAUUCCCUCGACCGAGCCCGACAUGCGUUCCAGCAGGCGGACCGCGGCUGCCGAAGGAUUUUCCCAGCUUCCACAAACUGUCAGAGAUGUCACCCUAUGCUGGAGCUCGCCCUUAGAUGACGAGAUCCCCGAACCCAGAAAUCUAAACGAAAGCGCUGAGCAAGAUCUUUUGUGCGUAACGCUUCACAAGGUCUCCAUGCAGUUGCAACAUUUGCGUAUAGAAAAUUUGGAGGUUUUCCCUGAGCUCUUCUGCGCCAAUGGGGUUUCAGAUGAAGCACAUUGGCCAUAUCUCGAGACGCUUCGCUUGGACCAAGUCUCGGCGGACGCACUGUUUGGUGGCGUGGCAAGAUAUGCCGAUGGCGCUACCCCGGAGGAUGCGCUCACGAAGCAAUACAUUGACGACCUCUACACGAGUCUUGGCCACGCCGCGCAGAAGAUGCCUUGCCUGAAAAGUGUUGUACUCAACUUUGCCAGCCUUGGUCACGAGCUUAGGCUGCUCCUCAAGGACGAGCGGCGGAUUCUGCGGAUUUACCUGAUGAAGGACUAUAGGCCAUCUUCUGAAGUCCUGAAAGCUUGGAAAGUACCUGGAGGUAGCCUACAGCCUUGCAGGAGUAGAUUUUGGCAGGAGGCUACAUAUUCAUCAUGGCCACCUUCUUAA